GGGCCUCUUCGCCUCUCACUUGCCGCCCGCCCACCGCGUCUCCUCUGUACUCUCGCUUCCGUGUGCAUUGUCGUACUGCUUUUCGGUAUGCGCCUCUACUGACAGCGCAGACCUUGGCCCGGCAGCCCGCAGGUGUUGCGCGCAAGCUUUGCGGGAAAUUCCGUCUCUCCCUCCCCAGAUGGCCUCCACGAGUAAGAGGAUGCCGGACGCCUCGCCCGACGUCGCACUCUCCCGCGCCGCAAAGACAGCCAAAGUCGAGCCGGGCCUCGCGCAGAGCCCCCAGGCCUUCCCGCGCCCGUCGCCCAACGACUUCUCGAGCCAUGUCAAGAAGCGCCUCGCCGUGUCGUCGCGCACCGGCCAGGCGUGCGACCGUUGCAAGGUUCGGAAAAUCCGCUGCGACCCACGACCCGAAGGCUGCUCGCCGUGCGCCCAGAACCGCACGCCAUGCAAGACCACCGACCGCAUCACCGGGCGCGCGACGACCCGCGGCCAGGUCGAGGCCCUGGAAUCCGAGAACAGCUACCUGCGCAGCCAGGUGGCCGAGCUGCAGGCCCAGUUGAAAGAGCUGGGCGUUGAGCCGCGAGCCACGCCGAGCUACAGCAGCACAGCGCAGUCGACCGCCGCGAGCGACUGGGGAGACGCCCCAAAUCGCCGUGCCAGCACCAAUGCCAGCACCACCGCCAGCACCUCGCCCCCGGCAGGCUAUACGCCCGCCAGCUCGACGUUGGAGACGAAUCGCCCCCUCCCGCAAUACAAGCACCAAGACUUUGGCGACAACUAUCUGGGCGUGUCGUCCGCCGACUCCUUGCUCAGCAACAUCAGCGGCACGUCGCUGUCUGUCUUCGGCCAUGACAUCGACAUCACCGACUUCGUCGACGACAAGGACUACGACAACUCGUACAUGUCGUACACCUACGUUAUGCGCGUAGCGCUGAGCCACACGCAACCCGACCCCGUACCGCUACCACCGUAUCAGACGCUCAAGGAGUAUUGCACUUGGUGGUUUCGAUCAAUGCACCCGUACAUGAUGCUAUUAGACAAGACGACUUUGAUGAAGUUGGUGUGGCGCAUUGGCAACGAACCAGGAUUCAAGCCUUCGCCGUCCGAAACCGUCUGUGUGCACAUGGUCAUCGCUUCCCUCAACUACCAGAUAUCGGUCCGGAACCGCCAAGAAGAUAUGAUGGAAGAGUCGCAUCGCCACUACCGAUACGCCUUGAGUUUCUUCAAACACCUCUGGCUAUCACACACAUGGCGCGAUGUUCAGGCCUUGACCUUGAUCGUCCACCAUCUCCGCAACUUUCCCAAACCUGGCGCCGCCUGGAUCAUGGCCUGUACCACAUUUCAAUUGGCGAUGGAGCUUGGCUACCAUCGUUCAUCCAAAGCUUGGGCCAACAAUGGCCACAUGGAUCCUUUGGAGGUAGAGGUCCGAAAACGCACUUUCUGGGCACUUCAUGCUCUAACAGUAAAUAUAAGCGGGAAGCUGGGCCGGCCGAUGCCCAUACACAUGGACGAUAUCGACGUUGAAUUCCCCGAACCCUCCAAUGACUGCUUACCAGGCGAAGAGGUCGGUCAGGAUGAUUUCCACAAGUGCUCGUUUCAGGUCGGCAUACAAGUCGCCAAGUACACUGUGCCUCUAUCACAGUUAUAUCGGAGCUUGUACUCGAUCAACGCGGAUCCCGGUGCUUACGAGGAGACGUUGCAGCGCCUAGAGGCUGGCAUCAAACAGUGGAAAGAAGAUAUGCCACCCCAAUUGCGAGAUCCGGCGACGGCAUCACAGGAAGACUACAUCUUUGCUGUCUACUUGGACUAUUGGUAUCGCGAAUACCAAUUGCAGAUGUACCACCCAGCCAUGUGUCGUUCCGAGGACCCGACCGUUCAAGCUGCCAGUUUGGCAAAGUGCCUGGUUGCCUGUCAGAAACUGUUGCGGUGUUCCACUGAAAUGCGGAAACUUCGGAGCUUGGACAACAUAUGGAUCAACAUCGUUACGUACAUUGCUGCUAUCUUCACGACCUUAUUUGGCCACCAUCAGAAGCGAGAGACACUCACCUCGGCCGAUAUGGACACCCUCAGGAGCGACAUGGGUGAGUGGAUUGAGUUGAUCAGCGAGUCGGGCCAACUACUGGGAUUUGGUGAUAAGUUGAAAGAUGCCAUCUCCCAGAUCAUUGACCGCUCGUUGAGUAGCAUCAAUGCAAGCAUCGUGAAAAGAACAGCAAGCCAAUCACUUGCUCAAGUUGCGCUGCACGCGCCGCCAGAGCAAACUGCGGCAUUUACUACGCACACGAACAGCAACCAUCGACCUCCAUAUUCAAAUGCCGCCGGAACGGCGGCUGCUGUUGCCGUGGCGGGCUCGACUCAGUCCCAGAGCUAUGCUACCGGCCCUGCAAAUGUCGGAUAUACAUACAGCAAUGGACAAGCUGCACCCACUCUACAACAAGUAGCUCCUCACCAUGGUCAACAGCCUUACAUCCCUGCCCAAGAAAGUCCAAUGGCCGCAUCGCACGCUGUAGCGCUACAACAAGCUGCGGCUACCCCACGCACGGAUGAUGCGUACGUGUUCGGCAAUUCGCACUUGACCACCAACGGCCACUCUCACCAAACCAGUUAUACGAAUGACAUACCUCCAGUCGAUUGGCAUCAGUGGACACGGGCGGCCAUUGCAUACAAACAUCCUGGACCACAGGGCGAGUACCUCAACAGCAUGCGCACACAUGGCAGUGUCAGUUAUGAAGGCGGCCAAGGCGGGCAGAUGUCUGCUGUGGGCGAAGAGAACGUUCUGCAGACGCUCGGUUCAAACAACUGGCCGGAAAUGCAAUUCGUGCCCCCCAACAAUGCUUUUGGCAGCCAGCAGUACAGCGGCCAACAAUAGCAACAACCUAACACUCUCCCAUGGGGGCUCAAACGAGGACCCGGUUUCCAAUAAGUUCACCAUGUUUCUAAGCGAGUGUGGGUUCUAGCGAAGGCGAAGCGGCGAAAAUGAUGGUUUCAAAGUGUUGCACCCAAAUAUACAUUGGUGCUCUUUUCCCUUUGCCUCGGGAUCGCAAUAUGGAUCUUUGAGAAUACGAUGCCAAGAUGCUCGGCUUCGGCUGUACUAUACAUAAUUCAUUCUGGGCGUGUGCACAUAGACGGCGGUAUGGGGAUCGGUGCAUAGUUUAAUUGAAGGGAGACACGGUCGCUUCUUUGUCGUUGUAUGAGGAGGCGAAAUGGAGUCAUGGAGGUCGAUCAAAGCGAAUAUGUAGUGGCACGGGAGAAACAUGUGGCACAGAAGUGCUGCGUCUGGAUACCGUCUAGAUACCUGCUGUAUGCAGCCAACGAGAAUACGUUGCAGACGAAUCUAGGAUU